AUGAAUAACAUAUUGAUGAAAAUUGAGGAUGGUGAAAUUACCCAUGUAAUCCCCGUAGACUAUCAGCUGAUGUACUACGGUUCACCAAUAGUGGACUUUAUAUAUUUUAUCUUUGGUGCCACUGACAGGGAAUUCCGUAAAAAUCACUUGGAAUACCUAAAGGAAAUGUACUUUAGUGAAAUGGAGAACUAUCUGAAAUAUUUUGAAAUCGAUAUAGAAUCGGUUUACCCAAGAAAGGAGUUCGAAAAGGACUAUUUCCAGUGUUUAGAUUAUGGACUGUCGUUUGGAUUAUUUUUGAUGCCAUUCAUUUUCACUCUUGAAGACAACGUGCCAGAUUUUGAUAAAGACGAUAUCCUCGACAUCGAAGUCAAAGUAGACCACAGAUAUCUGGACCGGUUGACAGGAAUAAUUGAAGAUAUGAUUGAAUGGGGUAAAUUU